UUCAUCAACAAUGAAAGGCAGGACUCAGACGAGAGGAGAAAGUUUUCAGAUAGUGCUGCGAACAAAACUUAUUGAGGAGUUCCACUUAAGACGAGACAAGAGAUAGAAAGAGAGAGGGAGAAAGAGAGAGAGAAAGGGGAUUACAUAAUAAAUCGGUAACAUUCGGCCAGCACUGACUAACACUUAUUGCUGCUUAGGACACAACUUAUUGCUAGGAUCGAACCGAUUAUACAUAGGAUAUAUAUAUUUUUAACUUAACAUAUUUUGUAUGUUUUCAUAAUUAUUUAGGCUGGAGUUUUAAAAUCGUAUUAACUGUGUGAAAUGUGUUUAUUUGAGUUAUAAACACUAUGAGACCGUGUCACUCUUCUGGCGCGGAUGCUGUUGAUAAAGUUGUCAGGAACGCGCUUCUCUCCGAUCUGAACGCUUUCACAUCCUUCGCCUCAGACUGUCCUCUGAUGUGUCCUGAAACUGGAAAACAGCAGUGACUGUUGUGAAUCACAAAAAAGAGAGAGAGAGCUCUGCAUUCAAGUCCUCGGUUAAAGCUAUGACCUCAGCCACGCCCCCUUCCUCCCGUAGCUCCUCCCCUCAGAAGGUCUGUCACACCCAGACACAGACAGACGUUCUAAAGCCACUCCUAGGUGGAGGAGGCGGGGCUUCAACAGGAAACGGACCUGCAGCAUUGAGACGCCGUCGACGGGUGCUAUCUAAAGAUGGGCGGAGCAAUGUACGCAUCGAACACGUCAGCGGCCGAGGGACGCUUUACCUGCGUGACCUGUGGACGACCUUUCUGGACAUGCAGUGGCGCUACAAGCUUUUCCUGUUUUCCGCAACCUUCGCUGGCACCUGGUUUGUCUUUGGAGUGCUUUGGUACUUGGUGGCACUUGUGCAUGGAGAUUUGCUAGAGUUUGACCCUCCGUCCAACCACACGCCAUGUGUGAUGCAGGUCCAAACCCUAACUGGAGCAUUCCUUUUCUCCCUGGAAUCACAAACUACGAUCGGCUAUGGCUUUCGAUGCAUCACUGAGGAAUGCCCACUUGCAAUCAUCCUGCUUAUUGUCCAGCUUGUCAUCACAAUGGUGAUGGAGAUCUUCAUCACUGGAACCUUCCUUGCCAAGGUAGCACGGCCGAAGAAACGUGGUGAGACGGUGAAGUUCAGUCAGCAUGCGGUGGUUGCCAAUCACGAGGGCCGACCUUGUCUCAUGAUCCGUGUCGCUAACAUGCGUAAGAGCCUCCUUUUGGGCUGCCAGGUAACAGGUAAGCUUCUGCAGACGUCGCUGACUAAAGAAGGAGAGACGGUGCGUCUGGAUCAGAGAAAUGUAGCCUUUCAAGUGGACACAUCCAGUGACAGCCCCUUCCUCAUCCUGCCCCUCACUUUCUACCACGUGAUAGAUGACAGCAGCCCACUGCGGGCUUGGGCUGCCAAAGGUGGCGGGUGGACGGAUCCGGAGCUGGCUGACUUUGAGCUGCUUGUGAUCAUGAGUGCUACUGUGGAGCCGACCUCGGCCACAUGCCAAGUCCGCACCUCCUACCUGCCCGACGAGAUCCUGUGGGGCUACGAGUUUCCUCCCGUCGUCUCCCUGUCCCCCUCCGGAAAGUAUGUAGCUGAUUUUGCCUUCUUUGACAAGGUUGCCAAGACCAAGACCCCACCCCUUUUUAAACAAGCCCCGCCUCCAAGCACCCAGUCUCCCCAACAACAAGGCAAUGGCAGUGGAGUCCAAGGGGUGGAUCUGGAGAAGAUACGAUUGGAGGAGAGCUACCGGGAGGAAAGGGGGCGGGACAAGGGGCGUGUCCGAGACCAGCUCAGCGUCCGCAUUAGUAACGUCUAGAGAGCGGAAAACCCAGAUGAAUGAGUGAACGGGGGAUCAGAUGGAGAUAAAUUGCUUGAGUACUUAUUUGAUUCAGUGUUAGCCAACUUUUUUUUUAUGAUGCCACUAGGCUUACCUGUUUUACUAGGUAGGGUGCCAGUAGAGUUGGCUAGCGCUGAAAUGCACUGGCGUACAAGCAUGAAAUAGAGAAGAUAAAGACAGAGCGGCUAUGUUCGGAAAAGCACACUAGCAUACCACAUUUCCUGUUUCUGCAGUAUUUGUGUCCCUGGAGCACAAAACCAGUCUUAAGUCGCUGGGGGUAUAUUUGUAGCAAUAAGAAAAAAUACACUGUAUGGGUCAAAAUUAUUGAUUUUAAUUUUCAAAAUCAUUAGGAUAUUAAGUAAAGGUCAUGAUCCAUGAAGAUAUUUAGUAAAUUGUAUACUGUAAGUGUAUCAAAACUUAAUUUUUGAUUAGUAAUAUGCAUUGCUUAGAAUUUCAUUUUGACAACUUUAAAGUUGAUUUUCUCAAUAUUUAGAUUUUCUUGCACACUCAGAUUCCAGAUUUUCAAAUAGCUGUAUCUCUGACAAAUAUUGACCUUUAUAACUGGUUUUGUGGUCCAGGGUCACAUCUAGUAUGUGUACUGUGCAUAGCAUGCAAUUUUUCUGUAAGCACAAAACACACAGUUGAUCUACUAUGGCAAAACUAUUGGAAAAAUAUGGCUUUCCCUACAUUUUUGGCAAACUUCAAAAACAUACCUAUACAUACAACUCACUGCAGUUUAUAAUCACAAAGAGCACUAUGGCGAUAAAGCACCAACAACUUUUAUUCCUUUGCACACAGAUUAUUAUCAUUACAAGUAAAACAUUUUGACGUUCGCACAUAAUAAUCACAUAAUCAGCUCUAUAUGCAUGAUUUUUCUGACAUAGUAAACUUGCUCGAUAGCUCACCCGGUACAGCAUUACACUUGCCAUGCGAAGUAAAGAGUCUUCUGAAACUAAUGAUAAAAGAGCUCAAAUGUGUUUAAUCUCACAGCUGCUUUUGUUAACACUAUCGGAUAUACGUUUAGGGUUGAAUUUAUUGUAGAUGGUACUUUAUUUCAAUACAAGAUACUUUAAAAAAUAGUAUGCUACAUGCAUCUGUCAGUGUGCUAGUGUUUCAUUCCGGAUAUAGCUGGAGUCUGUAAAUGAGAAAUACUGUAAACUACUAAACUAUUAGACCAUGUGGAAUCAAAUGAUGAUUCAACAUAGAUCUGCUGCUUUAUUCAUGACAAAACAGCAAGGGACGCUGGUGUGAUGGAGCUGCUCACUAGGAAGGACUACUUCACCUCCUUGUGGCCAAGAAAAGCAGUGCCACUUAGACACUUUGAGAAGAACAACUAUUCUGUAAACUCUGAUGGACAAUACCUGAUUUUAUAAACACAUGGAUAUUGAUUUAUUUUUGCAGAAGGAUUAUGGAUUACAAUGCACUGAAGGGUUGCUUGUCAUCAUCAUAUUUAAACCACUGUACUGUAGUUAAUGAUAGAGCAAAGGUACAACAUUUAGAGUGAUAACUCGUGCGUGUCUUAUUAAGAGACUGCGUUGGAUGGGAUUUGUAUCUAUCUUUGUGUCUAACAGUGCCAGUAUAGAGCUAUUUUGGGUAAAGAUCUAGUUUUUUUUCCCUAUAGUUGAUCUUUUGUCACUGGAAUAAACAUAAUAAUGUUUGUUAACAAUACUAAAAGCACUUUAACUCGAGGAGGAGGCUUUAUUGUGGAGAUUUUGUUUGGAUCCAAGUUAACUGUACAUGGCCUUUUAUAUAUGAAGAUAAUGACAAAGAGUGAAAGAAUGUAUUUUGAAUUAUAGAAAUUGUAAAGUGCCUAUGAAUCAACAACAACAACAACAAUAAUAAUAAUAAAUAAGAGCUGUUUGUUAAGUCAAGUUACUAUUGUGCAUGUAUUGUGUUAUUGUUAGUCAAAUUAUUGAGUAGAAAUGUAAUUAGUUUUAUAAAAUUAACUUAAUGAGAGAUCAGUUGUAAGCUUUUUAGCUGGCAAGUGAUAAACCACCUAUGAGACAUUAUUAUUAUUAUUAUUCAGAUGGUUUGUGUUGUUGAUAUAAAGAAUGAAUUUGGUUUUAUCUUUACACAUUUUGCCUGUCUUCAACUGCGGCUGUAAGGAUACAUCUGUUUUCAUGAAUUUCCUUUUGUGUUUAGACACUUUUUCAUAACUGGACUUCCACUUUACCUGCUAAUGAUCUCAAAUGACUGUUUUUAAUAAACGAGGAGUUUUGAAACAGCU